CCUUAUGUUCCGACGAGGACGACCCAGUUAGAGGGGGGCUAAAAGCCGUUUUAGCAAUGUUAGCCAUCAGAUCGUCAGAGGAGGAGUCCACUGAGAAUGAGGAGAUGGACACCUCCGAGCCAAAUUGGUGCUGGUUCUACUUGGCUGAGUGUGGCGUGUGGCACAUGUUUGAGGUAAUUGAUCCCAGUGCAGCCUGCUCAGUAACCAGUGCCCAGAUUGAGCAGUGCUACAACAGGAACCAGCGUGGAGUCAUGGAGUUCUACACGGCCAAGUAUACCUACAGACUGGACUUCUCAGCUAUGCGACAGAUCAAUGUAACAACAGGAAAACAGCGGCCAAUUAAACGUUCCCUGCACUCAGCGACUGGCUUCAGGUUUAUUUGUGAUAAUCUGGCCCUGCCUGUUCCUUGUCACUGGGAAAGAAUCAACACAGACGAGCCCUAUCAGCUCAUCCAGCUCAGCAGAGACACAUAUGAGUUUAAAGAAGUUGGCAGACUGUAUGAAAGGACAAUGGAUCAUCCGAUCAAAUCCAUCCAAAGGAUUCAGAACUUGGACUUAUGGGAGUUUUUCUGCAGGAAGAAAACACAGUUGCGAAAAGUCAAGCGAACUCUGGAUAUUGAGGAGCGAAUGCUGUUUCAUGGUACAGGACACAGCAACAUACAAGCUAUAUGUACAUUUAACUUUGACUGGCGGCUGACAGGAAGUCAUGGCGAUGUUUAUGGCAAAGGGAGCUAUUUUGCCCGGGAUGCCAAAUACUCAAGUAAAUUCUGCCACACGACAGGGAAACACAACACCACCCUGCAGAGACACGGACUCACACCGCCCAUAUUCGCCAACGAGCCGCCCUACAAGACCAUGUUCCUGGCCAGGGUGCUUGUUGGAGAGUACACCGUCGGUCAUCCCAUGUACUGCAGACCCCCUUCCAAGGAUGCCAGCUUCACCAACUUUUUCGACAGCUGCGUGGACGAUAUGGCCAAUCCAAAGAUUUACGUCAUCUUUGACAGCAAUCAGAUUUACCCAGAGUAUCUGAUUGAGUUCUACUGACGCUGUCUGCUUUUAUUUAGGAAGUCUCCAACAUGGAAAAGGUGAUAUACGGAAUCAAUUGUGGAAAAAAAUAAGAAAUAUCUUAAAAUUAUUAUUUCCCCCCCCCCCCCCCCGUUAUGGAUAGAUUUGGUGGCUAACUGAAGCGUAGCUUGUCCACAGUGCCUUUAGAGACGUUCGGGAGGCUUGAAUACACGGAGACAUCGUGUACAGCUCAUACACUGCACAGAUGCUCUAAAGUGGAACUUUAAAUGAAUUACUGACAGAUCUGUUUAGAAUUUCAAGUCAGUACUCGCCUGAUCCAUAUGUUUGAACAGUUAAUAUAAAGUGACACCUGCACCGUGUAGAUUAUAGGUUCCUUGUAUCCGCAGUGCCAUGCAAAUGCCUUUUUAUAAAACCAAAAAAAAAAAUGUCCUGGUUACUUCUUUUAUAUCAUGUGCUGUCAGUGUGCAACUUCGGAAUCUGUGUGGCUAWAAGAAAAAAAGUGUUGCAGAUGAAUCAAAAGAAAUCUGAAGAGUCACGGUCAGCUGAUACUGUUUUACUGCACCAGUAUUUUUUUAAUACUUUUUACAAGUGGACCCAAGUCAUGCAUGCAAAAUGCCUAAAACAGCCACCAGAGCCCUUCUUACUGUCAGGGAAAAGGGUUCAGGUUUUCCUUGGUCGCCCCAUUUCUAUGAGCUUCAGCCUUUUUUGUUAUUUGUCAUAAAAAGCUUCUACCUCCAUGUUUUUUGACCACAUAUCAGUGCACUUUCUUCCCUUUCUGUGAAAGGUUUUUGAAACUGUCAUGUUGACAUACGAGUUUAACGUCAUAUUCUGCACAAUUGUUAUUAUUUUCUCACUUUGGUUUGUGAGACGGGUUUUGUCCGCCGAGCUUUAUGUUUUUCCUGUCGUUGAGUUUGCUGCUUCAUCCUUUCAGCUGAAAACAGCAUCAUCUCAGUGUGAUGUCAACACCACCUGAUAACUGCUUCGAGGGAAAAGCGAGUUAUCUUUGCACCUGGUGUGAAAUUACCCCAAUAAUAAAAGUGUCGCCAGCACAUGUGUAGUACUGUAAAAACAUACACACAAUGUAAAAUAGCUUUUCUGUGUGCGUUUGUUGAAUCGAUGUACGACUGUUUUUGAGCUCUUGGAAUAAAGAUUAUUGUGAUCAGCAAGUAAAACAUGA